AUGGCUGUAGACAGAAAUACAAUCAAAACGCUCCACAGAGGAGGUGAAAGUAAUACAAUUAUAGCAAAAGAGUUAAAUGUCAACCGAAAAACAGUUUGGAAAAUUGUCAAGAAAUUUUCAGAGACUGGUUCCACCAUUGAUCAACAUGGACGUGACCGAGAAAGAAGUGUGAGGACCCCUCAGCUUAUCAAAAGCACAACAGAAAAGAUACGGCGAAAUCCUCAUCGUUCCUUAAGAAAAGUGGCUGCCACCAUAAAAAUAAGACGAGCAUCGAUGUAUCGAUUGCUGAAGGAGGAUCUCAGAACCUAUCCGUACAAGAUGAUUCACCACAAGGAGCUCACACAAGUUUAUAAAGCCUUGAGACUGAAGAGAGGUUUUAUUAUCUUCUUUCAAGUUGCUGAAAGCACGCUGUCCAACCUGGUGUUCACUGAUGAACAGUAA